CGCACCAACUGCAAAGUUCCAUCUCUUAAAAAAUAACAUCACAUCCAAGAUUUAACUAAUCGAUCGUUAUGGGGAGCAUCGCGGCCAACUGGAAGAAGCUGAGCGGGGAGGACGAGUGGGCCGGCCUGCUGGAGCCGCCGCUCGACGCCGACCUCCGCCGGUACCUCAUCCACUACGCGGAGCGGGCCCAGGCCCUCUACGACGCCUUCAACGACGACAAGCUUUCCACGGCGUACGGCUUCAGCCGCUACCCGCCCGACGAGGACUUCUUCGCCAGCGUCUUCCUCCGGAACGGGAACCCUUACGAAUACGAGAUCACCCACUUCUUCUACGCCUCCACGGCCUACACGGUGGGCGACUGGGCCGUCGCCGACGGCCGGUCCGCGUGGAUCGGGUACGUGGCCGUAAGCACGGAGAAAGGUACAUGGAGGUUGGGGAGGCGGGAUAUCUUGGUGUGCUGGAGGGGGACGAAGACAAGGGCGGAGUGGUUCCAGGACGCGAGCUCUGCAAUGGUUCCGGCUUCCGAGGUUUUUGGGAGUACGGCUCAUGAUCCCAUGGUGCAUCAGGGAUUCUUCAGCGUUUACACCCAUAACAGCCCUGAUUCCACCUACAACAAGACCAGCGCUCGCCAACAGGUGCUAGCAGAGGUGAGAAGGCUAGUGGACAAAUACCGCGACGAGGAAACCAGCAUCACCGUGGUCGGACACAGCUUAGGCGCCGCCUUGGCCACCCUCAACGCCGCCGACAUAGUCACCAACCACUACCACAAACCGACCCACACCGGUCCAACCACUUCUGGCGGCUGCAUGGUCACCGCGUUCGUCUACGGCUGUCCUCUCACUGGCGACCAAGGCUUCCACGACAUGUUCACGGGCCUUUCCCACCACCUCCGCCUCCUCCGGAUCCGGAACUUCCCUGACCCGGUCACCACCUACCCGCCGGAAUUCUUCGGGUUCGUCCACGUCGGGAAGGAGCUGGUCAUUUAUAUUAAGUCGCCUUACAUAAAGCCGGGUCCGAACCACCACAGCUUGGAGCUCUACAUGCACGGACUGGACGGGUACAAUGGAGUCCGGCCGUUUGAGCUGGUGGUGAGGCGGGAUCUGGCGCUGGUGAACAAAGGGGAGGAUCAUCUCAAGGAUGAGUUCAAGGUGCCGCUGAAUUGGUGGACGGAGAAGAACAAGGCGAUGAGACAGCUGGGUGAUGGGUCCUGGGCGAUGGCUGACUACAUGCCGCCCCCUCCUGCUGCGGCGGAGGACGACGGUGAAAGUUGAUGUCCGGGGAAGUUGUGCUGGUCGGAGCAGUAACAAUAUAAUAAUAAGAGAAUGAAAAUAGAAAAAUUUAAAUGAAGGGUUGAUUUGAGCAAUGAUAAUGGGAGAGUACUAAAAUCUUAUAAAUUACUCUAUUUUCUAAAUUUGUUACGAAUUUUAUAGGUAAUUUUACCUAUACUUUAAAUUUUAUGAGAAGCCAUAACCUCCCCUGAUUUCAACCUAGCUUUGAGUGUAUAUUUAUGUUGGAUUACCCAAUGAUGGUAAUUUACAAAUUAUUAUUAUUAUUAUUA